GCCUCUUAUAACAUUGCCCCUCUCCACCGCCUCCUUCCUGCACUUGGUGUAGCCAUCGUUGUGAGGGAUGCGUCCCGAGGCGCGCCGGAAGCGUGGAGUGGACGUGGUGCGGCCGAUUGUCAUCGGCACGUACGCCGUCAUGAUGACCAAGAAGGUGACAGAGAUCAGACAGAUGAGAGGGACGGCGUAUCGCGUAGCACAUUCGUGUGUUGAUCUGUUCGUUUGUUCAGGAGACCGACAAGCGCCAGGACAAUGCCACUCAUCAGUGGACGUGUUUGCUUCGCUCGCCGACCAACGAGGACCUGUCAUACUUCAUCAAGAAGGUCGUCUUCCUCCUGCACUCGUCAUUCGACAGACCUGAGAGAGGUAUGUGCAUGUGCAGCCACGCACAGAUGCAGACAUCUGCCCUCAAACGUGUGGUGUGUUCCUGUGUGUGGUUUGAUUGUGCGUGCUCCUAGUGGUUGAGCGGCCGCCCUACCAGGUGGCCGAGUACGGGUGGGGCGAGUUUGAGAUAGCCGUGCGGAUUCACUUUGUGGACCCGACCGAGAAGCCCCUCGAGAUCACCCACUUUCUGCGGGUCGGUAGGACGACAAGCCGGGCACACCGGCCCGCCUGCCUGCACGUGUGUGUGUGUUUGCGUGUGUGUUGGCUGCUAUCUGGCAGUUGUUCAAGGACGGCAGCACUGACGUGCAGCCACCCAGAGACCCAAUGGAGGCAGAGACCGUCGCACACGAGGCAAGCAAGCCAACAACCAUUCAUUCAUCCAGGUGGUUGCACCGUGUGUGUGUGUGUGCGUACGUCAGACGUAUGACGAGGUCAUAUUUCAUGAGCCCUCUGAUUGGUUCUACGACAAGCUGAUGGCCGGCCCAACCGGACCGCCGACACAGCACGCCCUCCAGGGCAACUGUAAGACACACACGCAUAGUCAGACAGACGCCAGAGAGCAAUGGAUGGAUCAAUGGAUGUGUGUGUGUGUGCGUGUGCGUGUCAGUCGAGCACUUUGACGAGGAGGCUGAGCUGCGUAAGAUCGGUGCGGCCGACGCCCUCAUACAGGGCAAGAUCAUGGAGCUCAGGCAGCAACUCGUUGAGAUGGAAAAGAAGGUACGUGCGUAUGGACGCAUCGGAUCGGAUCGAUACGAGUCAUUCAUUCAUUGAUUGUCCUUUCUCAUGCCCGCAGUGUAAAGAGGCGCACGACAAGCGCACAGAGUUGAUGCAGAAGCAGCAGGCGGCGGCAGCCAUAGCCAGCGGCGGGGCACUCGGGGGCCACUCACAGCAGCAGGGGAUGCCCAUGGCUCCGCCCGCACUGCCAGGUCAAGACGUGUACAUGCAGCCUUACACACAGUAGACAGUGACAGUGACCAUGGGAUGGAUGGAUGGAUUCAUGGACCCUUACGAACAUGCAUGAAUACACGUAUUCACUCAUCGGUUCAUU